AUGCCCGCAACGGCCAGCGUGGCUCAGGCUGCACCCGCGGCGCCGGCCGAAGCGCCGGCAGCCGCGGCUCCAGCGCCAGCCCCCGCGGCCGAGAGCGCCCCGGCUUCCCAGCCGGUGACGGCCAAGGAAGGCACCGUUCCCAUCACCGCGCCCAUGGUCGGCACCUUCUACGCCACGCCGGAGCCCGGCGCGCCGCCGUUCGUCAAGCUCGGCGAUCACGUGGAUGUCGGGACCACGAUGGGCCUCGUGGAGGUGAUGAAGGUCUUCAACGCCGUGAGCUCCGGUGCUGACGGAACCAUCGACGAGAUCUGCGUGGAAAGCGGCCAGUUCGUCGAGCACGGUCAGAUCCUUUUCCUGGUGCGGCCUGAUGGAAACUGA